AGUGUAACACUUUGUUGAAUAACCCAGCCCUCCCUGAGCGCAUCAUGUAACACACGAAUGUUUCCUAAAAUAUUUUCCUGAUGAGUAACACAGAAGAAAAUGCUCGUUACGCGUGAAAGCUAUCUUGUCAGACCAUUGGCGCAAAUAUAAGGAGACUGUGACGAAACCUGCAAAAAUUAAGAAAAAACUCAAAAUAUCUGCUAACCCAUAAAAAUAUGCACAUCUGGUAUCCCUGAUUACAAUGCAAUUCAAAACAGUUUGCUGAUAAAAAGAUGGCGCCACAUAAUGUAAACAUUGUGAUAUUUUUCAAAUCAUAAUCAGAUACCUAUAAACAUAUUUCUUAAAUCUAUUAUAACUUUUCAAACUGCAAUAUUAGGAGGAACGUUGAUAACUAACGAAUCAGUUACAAAAUGCGUUUUAGUUGUAUUCAUUUUCGCUGUUGGGAUAAUGUUCGAAAGUUCAGUUCCACUUCAAUGUUUGUUCCUGCUCAUGAACCGGCUUUGGAGAGUGAUCUCCGGCGGUUGGAAAAAUUUCUUGAGAAUAAACCUAAUACCUUGGUAUUAACUGGCGCUGGUAUAUCUACGGAAUCAGGUAUUCCGGAUUAUCGUUCCGAAGGAGUGGGUUUAUACGCACGGUCUAAUCACAAACCGAUUCAACACGGAGAUUUUAUUAAAUCUGAAGCUGUACGCAAACGCUACUGGGCACGUAAUUACGUAGGAUGGCCACGGUUUUCUUCGGUCGCACCGAACACGACUCAUUACACGCUAGCCCGCCUGGAACGGGAUAAAAGGAUUUCUGGUAUUGUGACGCAAAAUGUAGAUAAAUUGCACACCAAAGCAGGUUCCAAAAGUGUUGUAGAGUUGCAUGGUAGCGGAUACACUGUUGUAUGUGUUGGCAAAAAUGGCACCGGCUGCAAUUACCAGAUACCUCGACAUGAAUUUCAACAAAUAUUAGAUCAAAUGAACCCGCACAUGGAGGAUAAGUCAACCAUGAUACGUCCGGAUGGCGACGUUGAACUACCGGCAGAGCACGUCAACAAUUUCAAGGUGCCAACCUGUCCAGAGUGCGAUGGUUCUCUUAAACCAGAAAUUGUCUUUUUUGGCGACAACGUUCCGAUGCCGCGAAUCGAACGGGUAGUGCGCAUGAUUCUGCAAUCGGACGCAGUGCUCGUACUCGGUUCUAGUUUGACGGUAUUCUCCGGCUAUCGUAUAGUACUACAGGCUAAUGAGCUGGGGAUACCGGUGGCGAUUGUAAAUAUUGGUGCUACUCGUGGCGAUACAGCGGCUGAUUUGAAAAUUUCUGCCAGAUGCGGAGAGCUUAUGGAAAAUUUAUUUAAAAAGUAAAUUGUCUAGGAUAAGCAAAGAAACGACCCUUGUAAAUAGAAUGGACAUGUUUGAAUAGAACAAAUGAAACAAUAUAUAGCCCUUCUAAGACGUGGCUUGAGAAAUACAA